AUGCCUGCAUCUAUAUUUGCACGCUUGUGUUUUAAUAUUCCAUCAUUAUCUAUUUUUCUUUAUCUCUUUUCAUCUUCCUUUUUUUUCUUUCUUUCUGUCUUUAUUUCAUUGACCACUCACUUUUAUUUCAUCGCGUCGUUAUUUUUUCAGAUGAUUUUCUUUUCAUUUAUUUCUUACUUUUCAUUCUUUUCUUUUAUCAUUCUCUUUUACUUUUUACUGGUAUUUUUCUUUGUCGUUUUCUUUCUUUUCUUUCGUUAUUUAUUUAUUUCAAUAAUUUCAUUCUUUUCUUUUUCCUUUCCGACCAAAUUUCUUUCUUUUCUUUUUUUUUUUUUUUUUUGUUUUUGUUUUUUUGUCCUUCUUCAUUUCGUACGUCUUUCCUUCUUUCCUUUUUCUUUCUUUCUCUCUUUCAUUCUUUCUUUCUUUUUUCUUUCGUUCUUUCUUCACGCUGAUAUUUUAAUUCCUUCUUCUUUUCCAUUUUUUCCUUUCAUAGUUUUUUUUUAUUUGUCGUCUGCAUUUUUAUUCAACUUUCUUGACUUCUUUUUUUUCUUUCUUUCUUUUUUUCUUUCUUUCUUUCAUUCAUUUUCUUUAUUACCAUAUGCCCAGGUAUUUCAAUCCACCUUUCUUUCUUUAUUCCCCUUUUUUAUUCUCAUUGCUUUUUCGUUUCCUUCUUUUUUUUCUUCACUGAUUUCUCUUUCUUUUCUUCUUUUUUUCCUAUAUCUGUUCGUCUCUUUUUUCCUUUCAUAUUUGCUUUUUUAUUCCCUCUCCAUUUUCAGUCUUUAUGUAUUUUCCAAUUUCUUUCUUUCUUUUCUUUUCUUUCUCUUCUUUCUUUCUUUCUUUCUUUCUCUUCAUUUUCUUUAUUCUUUCAGUUUCGCUAUACAGUCUUCAUAUUUAACACCUGUCCUUAUCUCCCCCCCGCCGGACACUUUCUUUUUUUUUUCCGGCUUUCCUCUUUCCUUCUUCCCGCUUUAUCUAUCUAUCUAUCUAUCUAUCUAUCUAUCUAUCUAUCUAUCUAUCUAA